AUUUGUUCCACUUUUUUUUCAUUUCAUCAUUUUCAUAUUUUUCAUAUCUUCAUGAGUGGCCUGCGUGCUCUUCGAGACUUUUAUAACCGAUCUUAUAACAAGCGGCCUAUCCUUACUUUAUGUGUGACCAACGGGAUUCUCGGCGUAUUUAGCGAUGGCCUUGCCCAAACUAUCACCUAUUAUGAAGCCAAAUCAGAGCAAGGCCGCAACAAAUUGGAUAAACAUCUUCCAGACAAACUGAAAGAGCACGAAGAUUUAUGGCCUCCUACACCCAAAUACGAUAUCACCCGCACGCUUCGCUUUGCCGCUUACAAUUUCUGCGUCGCGCCUCUCGCCGGAAAAUGGUACAUGUUUCUGGACAAAUUUUUCCCCAUGCCUGUUGCUUCUACAGUGGCUUCCAAGGCCGCACAAAUAGCUGUUAAGCGUCAAGGAGACAAAAUGGCAAUCAAACGAAUGGUAACCGAUCAAGCGUUGUUUGCACCGGCAGGUUUGGUGGUAUUUUUUACCGCCAUGGGCUUUGCAGAGACACGAAAAUGGGAAGGUGUGAAAGAGAAAUUCGAAGACGCGUUUGUGCCUGCCUUGAUCACCAACUACAAAGUCUGGCCACUGGUCCAAUUUAUCAAUUUCAAGUUUAUGCCGCUGCAAUAUCGACUACCUUUUGUCAGCAGUCUCGGAAUUUUGUGGAAUGCCUACCUUAGCUGGCUCAAUAAUGCAUCCAAGCAAGAAGAGUAUGUCAAAGAACAUAUCACCAAUCCGGAUUCUCAAACGCAAAAGGAACAGGUGCUUAAAACUUAAAAUACUCUUUUUGACGCCCGUUGCAUCUGUAUCCUCAGACCCCAAUUGUACAUGAUUUUUGUAAAUUAAAAGCUCACUGUCUGUAGAAAAGCUGACAAGUCCUUCAAUAAUAGACUUCCAUAUACCAAAAUUGAGCCAUGGC